AUGAUAAAAUUUCAACAAAAAAAUCAUAUUUUUAGGACUUUUCAUACAUUGUUUAGUACAAAAAAAGUAUACUGGAGACAUUAUGAUUUUAUACAAAAAAAAGAAUUCCAGAUAAUGUGUCAAACAUAUACUGAUAAAAUAGACAAUACACAUGCAAAAAAUGAAAAAAAAAAAGAUUCUUAUAUAGAAAGUGCAAAAGAGAAUGACAAGGAAGAAGGUUCUUUUAAAGAUGAUAUGAUUCCUCGCGGAUUUGAAAGUUUUUUUGGGAAACCUAAAAAAUCUACAGUAAAAAGAUCAUGUUCAAAAGAAGAAAACUUUUAUAAAAGAAAAUCAACAGGAAGAAAUCCAAAUCUUAAUGAAAUAAAGAUAAGCCCAAAUGCAAUUUUAUCUUUAUGUAUUAUUUCUUAUAUUAUCUAUCGAAUUUCAGUUCUAAAAAGCAGCAAAGAAAUUACAUGGCAAGAAUUUCGUACAGCUUUUUUAGAUAAAGGGAUGGUUGAUAAAUUGACAGUAGUUAAUAGGAAUAAGGUGCGAGUUCAUUUGCAUUCAAAUCAAACGGGUCAAAUGUAUCCCGAAACUCGUAUUAAUACUAGGCCAAAUAAAUAUUAUUUCAGUAUUGGAUCAGUAGAAGCAUUUGAAAGAAGGCUUGAUAUGGUUCAGGAUGAGUUAAAAAUUCCUCAAGAAGAAAGAAUUCCUGUUUCUUUUCAUGAUGAAAUAUCGAUCAUUAAUACUGUUCUUUCAUUAGCACCUACUUUAUUAUUAAUAGGAAGUAUCUUCUGGCUUUCGAAAAGAGCAGGUGGUGCGGGAGGAGCUCAUAGUGGAAUUUUUGGUAUAGGAAAAAGUCGUGCGAAAAUGUUUAAUCAUGAAACGGAUGUUAAAGUUAAAUUUAAAGAUGUUGCAGGCGCAGAUGAAGCCAAAGAAGAAAUUAUGGAAUUUGUUAAAUUUCUAAAAAAUCCAUCACAUUACGAGAAAUUAGGCGCUAAAAUCCCAAGAGGAGCAAUUCUAUCAGGCCCUCCUGGAACAGGAAAAACACUUCUUGCAAAAGCAACUGCUGGUGAAGCAAACGUUCCAUUUCUUAGUGUAAGUGGAUCGGAGUUUAUUGAAAUGUUUGUUGGCGUAGGACCCUCUAGAGUAAGAGAUCUAUUUUCAAAUGCUCGAAAGCAUGCACCAUGUAUUAUUUUUAUGGAUGAAAUUGAUGCUAUUGGAAAAGCAAGAGGCAGAGGAAAUCAAUUUGGAUCAAACGAUGAAAGGGAAAGCACAUUAAACCAGCUUUUAAUAGAAAUGGAUGGGUUUAGUACAUCGGAACAUGUUGUUGUGCUUGCUGGAACAAAUAGACCGGACGUUCUUGAUAAUGCUCUCCUUAGACCAGGUAGAUUCGAUAGACACAUUACAAUUGAUCGGCCGGACGUAUCUGGCCGAGAAGCUAUUUUUAUGGUUCACCUAAAAAAAAUCAAAAUAGAUGAAAAAUUAGAAGAUAUAGCAAAAAAAUUAUCUAUAUUAACCCCAGGAUUUUCUGGAGCUGAUAUUGCAAGCACUGUAAAUGAAGGUGCACUAAUAGCAGCGCGUCAUCGAGCAAAUAAAGUUGAAAUGGUCCACUUUGAACAAGCAAUUGAGCGGGUAGUUGCAGGUCUUGAAAAGAAAAGCAGGGUUCUGAGUCCUCAAGAAAGAAAUAUAGUUGCUCAUCAUGAGGCCGGUCAUGCAGUAGCAGGCUAUUUUCUUGAACAUGUUGAUCAACUACUUAAAGUUUCUAUUAUACCUCGAUCUAAUGGCGCAUUAGGCUAUGCAAGUUAUUUACAUAAAGAAAAAUAUUUACUAUCUAGAGGACAUAUUCUAGAUAAUAUGGUAAUGACACUGGCGGGAAGAGUUUCAGAGGAAAUCUUUUUUCCUAAUGUAGAAAUUACAUCUGGUGCAAGUGAUGAUUUUUCUAAAGUAACAAAAAUGGCCACACAAUAUGUUACAACAUGGGGAUUAUCAGAUCUUGGAACCGUCUCAUAUCAAAUAAAUAAUGAUCAAUUUCAAAAACCGUUUUCCGAGGAAACUGCACGAAUGAUUGAUUCUGAAGUGCGGAAAUUAAUCAAAGAAGCCCAUGCCAGAUGCCACAUGCUCCUUAAAAAACAUAGAGACGAUGUUUCAAAAAUUGUAAAGUGUUUAUUAGAAAAAGAAGUAAUCGGUUUUCAGGAAGUAGAAAAACUUUUAGGUCCUCGACCAUAUCCUUCCAGAGAUAUUGGUUUGCCAGUUGAACCAAGUUAUCAACCUUCUCUUAAUAAUAUAGAUAAUCCACCAUCUCAUGUUCCUAAUGUUGCGUAAUUAUUACUAAAAUUUAUUCGAAUUAAAUGUAUAUCUUGGUUUAUAUUACCAUAUUCUUAAUAUUAGCA